GACUAGGAAACUGUAACCAAAUCAAAAAAUUUCUAGCCUUACUAGGGAGGUGUAAAAACUGAUUAGUGUAUGGAUCGGCCAAUAUUAUUGCCAUGCGCCUGCGCCUCCAGCAAGCAACCUUUCACCCAUGUAGUCAUGUCGUUUCCGUUCUGCUCGACUUCUGCUAAAGGGAAUCGAAAACGAAUCGGAUCGGCUAGGUUCGUUUGGAUCGUAAAGGAGCAGGGAAGAGGGUCAAAUAAACAGAGAUCAAACCCUGACGAAGCAUAUCCCAAAUCCUUGAGCAUCCACCGUGUUGAUGGAGACCAGCGUCGUCGCACGCCAGGAAAAGGAAGGCGACGGAAGAAGCGGCGGCGGAUGAUCUCCUUGAAGUAGAUGGGGAAGAGGAUGAUCUCGAGGAGGAAGAGGAGGAGGGCGUGAACCCGGUGGUGGUGAUGGAGAGGAGCAAGCAUGGCGAUGGAUCCCUCUACGAACCGAGAGUCGACUUGUUCCGCUGGCUCUUCAGUCUCCUAGACACCGGCGAGACUUCCAUGCAGCCGAUGAGGCUGACGCUUCCAACCGCCGAGUGCGUGCCGACUUCGACGGCCAGCUGCGGCCGUCACGUGGGCGGCCCCAUGCUGCAGAUCUUCUCCGUCAAGCUCGCCAAGCUACCGAGACCAGCGGCCGCCGCCGGCCCCGUCAAGCUCUUCGGGUUCAUGGCCGUCCGCGACCUCAUGGACCCUCUCCGCAACUACGUCUUCAACCGCAGCAGGGGUCGUCCUCAACCGCAGCAGGGGCCGGGCAGGUGGACGAAGGGGUCGGAGCGGAGGUCCGGGAUGACCAGGGGUUGA